CUGCCAAAACUUGCUUUCAGCCUUCUUUCAACUUUCUGAUAUCAUAAUUAGUUUAGCGGCUGUGUGCCUGUCUGUGGCAGAAUAAAGAACUGACAACGCGUAGGUCCGGUACUGGCUCUUGGACAGUUAUUAAUUUGUUUAAAUCAAGCCGAUUUUCAUAGACUUGUGCAAUCAUUUUUUGUUUUACUGCACAAGUCCGCACUUCAUUUAAUUGAAACCAACAUUUCAUCUUCCGUGCUUCGCUCGAGAUCCUUUAAUACCGGCAUUGGUAUCUAAAUUUUCAAAUUCUAACAAAAAUGGCGACUCCUUGGUGUGACAUAAUAACGUAUGGGAGAUCCACAACGGCUCUAAAAUCUUUUCCAACCCGCAUCAUCGACAUGAUGCCACCAUUACGCUAUUAUCGGGAGCUGCGCUCGGUUCCGCGCCAAAUGAACUUUGGGAACACGGUGCUGGCGCAGCGCGACGCCGGCCAGUGGUGGCUGGGAUACGUUCAAGAUAUUGACGGCGAAUAUUUCUUCAUUGACUUCGACGCCAGCACAAUCAGCGCCCAAUGGAUUCACUCCAAACACCUCUGGCCGCAUCAUUUCCCUUAUUUAAACACUCUCCACCCAUUUCCACCAAAGCCCAUGCAGGUCGCCCUGCAAGACGAAAUCGGCGGACCGUUCAUUUUCCGACCUGCCACUUUUAUUAAGGGUUAUUACUGCAUGUUCUGCACUGUUAAUAUCAACCAGGAUCCCGCAGACCAAACUACUCCACCUGAACAACGCGUUGCGCCGCUGCGCCAUCUAGCCACUACUUUUCCGGCACCCGAUGGAGAGCCAUCUUUUCUGGGUAGGAUAAACGGACUCGGAUACCAAAAGCAUGUCAUUCCUUUCGACAAAGCACAUUUGAUCCGUGAUGUGAAUUAUAUGCCCGAAUUUCUGGUUCGCGCUUGCCAGUUAAUACCCGGUCCUGGUGACCUGUGCAAAGCCAGUUGUCGGUUCCAAAGGAUUGCUGGACCAAAUGCAUUUUAUUUCCACUGCUUGGAAGGGGCUAAUCAUACAAGCGUCGCCUAUAAGUUCGACAGCGGUUGUCACGUGUUUGUGCGAGCGGAAAUCGACACGAUGACUUUCAUCUGCGCCGAAGUGCACGGUGACUCAGCCGGGCGCAGCAUGUUCUGGAAUGGAGGUUCUCUCAAGGAAGCUUGUCAAAGCUAUCUGGCUGUGCAAAUUUUUAGAGAAUCUUUACAAACCGGCAGGUUCGUGGCCAAGAGCAUGACAACGGUUGCACUCCGAAAAGACUUGGACGAAAUGCCCAUCUUCGACCUCCCAACCGCGAUCCUCACCAGUGUCUUCCUCAGUCUGGAUGUCGUUUCUCGGUUACGGAUAAGCCAGGUGUGCGCAUUGUGGAAGCUGAUUUCGCGUGAUUACAUCAGUAAGCACCAUAUUAUCAUGUUCACCAUCCCUUCCCUGUUUGCCACGGGACACUGGGACGACUCGAUAGAUUAUGUUUUGAGCGCUAUCACAGAGUACAAACUCGACACUAUGCUAGAACGAACCCUUUCCCAUGAGACACGGGCGAUGGCGCUGGUCGACGAAAGAACGCCUGACGAGAGACGGUAUGAUCGAUGUGACGGAUGUGAGAGGGAUUACGGUGCCAAAAUGUCGACGAUUUUCCAUGCACUGAAAGACAAGUCUAUACGCCUGCCCAUGUUCAUUGCCAAAAAUGUCUACGAGACUGCCGCGUCAGGGUACAGUUCCUUUAUGGGGCUGAGAGCGAAUGAGAAGAGUGGACAGUUUGAAUGCCUUCGGCUCUCGCAUUGGAUGACUGUUUGUGAGACGAUGGUGUUGAUUAACUACAACGCAUCCAGUGGAACCGGCAGCCAGUCUUUGUUGCGCAGGACCGGGCUAAUGUGGCCGGAAAAUGAGAAUGCGUUUAUGCGGGCUGACGGUGAAGAGCGCCUGGAUGUGUGCAUUCCGCUGGUGCGCUUCCGUAGCACGGAAACGGCAGCAGUACAGCGUCGACGCUUUCUUGUCGCGGCCAACGACAGCUGCCCGGGCGUGACGCAGCAGGUGCGGGAAAAGGUCACAUUGGUAUAUGCGCGCUGGGUUUGCACGUUGGCCUAUCCCGAGCAGUGGGCAGGGAUUCGCCACUUCUUCCAGCUGUUCAACGGCGUCCAUCCCGACGGCAGUCCGAAGUGCUGGGACCACAUUGACUUGCGGCAGCUGGAUUUGUCAUGCUUGAACAAGCUAACAUUAGCCGCGCUCAAUGUUUACUAUAAUGACUAAUUUGUUUUGGAACCAACUGAAUUCCCAGUUUGUUCGUUCUGUUUCGUGUUUCACAGUGGAUUUAGUAACUAAGAACCGAAAAUUUUCAAGACCUU